GUGACACUGGCACUGAAGAAGAGGGCUCUGUCAGCUCCUCAGGAAGUGGGAGGAGGCAAUUGAGGCCUGCAAAUAUCCUGUUGUGCGUCUACGCAUGUGUUGUGUGUGUGUGUGUGUGUGUGUCUGUGUUUGGAACAAUGUGAGAAAGUGUGUUUGAGAGCGCUCAUUUUGUCACCUUGUCGGUUAGGCUGUGAUAUUAUUGUGCAAGUAGGUGAGAAGAAGACAUCUCGAGAGCUUUGUGACGUGACAAUACAGUGGAUGGAUAUUGCUACAUCUUGUUUUUGAAGGAAUUUAAUGUGGAACUGGAUCAGGACUGGGAGAGAUGGAUGGAUGGAUGGAUUGAUAAAUGGAUGAUGGAUCGUGAGGAUUAAUGAGAGCAAGUGAGUGACACUUCUGUAACCUAUUAAUCUCUAAAGGCUUCUGUUCCUCACUGAUGCAACUACAUACAUCGUAAGAGUAUCAUCAUUUCACAGCAAUAAUAGCUCAAUUAUACACCUAGAGUUUAAGAGGCUGCUAAUAAGACGCUGUGGAGGAUCUAUCACAAUGCCAGUCGCUUUCGGAGAACUUAGCACCCUCACAACCCCGCUUUCAUUGGCCCGUUUCUGGGCUUUGCUUUGGGGCUGCCUUACCUUCAGCUUGGCGGCCCCAGUUUCUAACUUGGCCUUGACCUACUUGACCAUUUUCUACAAGUUCUGCAUGGGAACCUGGUGCUCCUUCUUCAUCCUGACCUUCCUCAUCAUGGCCAUCAACUUUGUCCAGUUCCACAGCCUGCUGCCCUUAUCUUGGAAGAACCUGACAGCAACCGUCUCAGCUUUGGGCAUGCUGAUGACCAUGGCGGCCACCUUUGCUUUCCCCUGGAUCUUAAAAGAACAGCCCGAUAAUGCUAAACCCAGCGAGGUGGCAGUCACGGUGGGUUCCUUCUUGACUUUCAUUGGGUAUGUGGUGGAGGUCCAGCUCAUCCGGACGCAGGACAGCCAGCAGCAGCGAGGCUACAUGGCUAGCGUCCCUGGAUUCCUCAAGGUAGUCCAGGUUUUUGGUGGCUGUGUAGCCAUGGUUCUUCUGGUUGCCCAAGAAGAAAAUGAGCUCUGGAGGAUCAGCGUGUCCGCCGUGGUCUACAGCCUCUGCCUGGCGGCUUCUCUGGGCACGGUGCUGGUCAUGGUGGGGGACUGCGCAGGACGCUGCCCAGUGCCAUUCGACCGGGUGUUGGCUGGAUUCAGCGCACUAGGGGUGCUCUUGUACAUGGUGGCCACGGUCAUCUGUAUCAGUGGAGCGUUGGGCCACCAAAAUGUCAACGGACUUGUGGCUCAUAUGAGCGAGACGGUAAUAGUCGGGAUCACUCUGCUGGCCUAUACUGUGGACCUGGCCUUCUCCGUCAAGCUGCUGUGCGACAGGAGUUAAGAGGGCUAGAAGAUCUGUGAUAGAACAAGCCAAGUACUGACCUGUUAGUUAAACCAGUGGGUGAUGAUGUCUAUAUUCUGUUGUAUUAAUAUAGUAAGUAUAAUAAUUAUGACUGUGAUCGUGUAUGACUGUGAAAUGUAAAAUAACUGUGUGGAACAACCAAGUUCUAAAGUCUGUUCUAAAGCUCUAAUCCUUAAAGUCUAUGGUUCAAAUUAAAAUUGUACUUUUUUAAAAAUUG